AUGCAAUUUUAAUCAUAUAGAACCCGUCAUGAUGACAAUAAUGAAAGUUUGAAAUCUACUGAAGAUUCUCUUAACUCUAAACAAAAGUAUAAUUAGGAGGAUGAUUAUGGCUAAAAGUUAUCACGCUAUUAUCGUAAUGAUGAUGGAUCAUCUUCAGAUAUAAUGAGAUCUAGUGUUUUCACAACAAAUCCUGGAAAUAUAAAGAAUACUUUUGUCACAAAUAAAAGUCUAAUCAAUCAUCCAAGUCAAGUUUAUAACUCCAACAACAUCAAUACUGUUGGUAACUUGGGUGUUAUCCAAUAAGAUGAACUUGGUGAAAGCUAUUUAAUGACUGAUGCUAGGGUUCUUACUCCAGUAAUGGACAAUAAGAGGUCAAUCUAUACACUGUCAAACAAAAACACAAUGAAAAGUAAUUGCUAACAACUGCUGAACAUUCCAGAUACCUAGAAUAGUAACUACUUCUAUAACAUAUCCUUCUAAGAUAGAUAAAUUAAUAAUAAUCAUAAUAAUAUGGACUAGAGAUACUUCACCGAGACUUAUGAUGUAGAGAGAGGAAAGUCUGAAUUCAUACCAAACAACAAAAAAGAUUCAGACAAUAAUUUAAUUUCUAAAGAUUAAAGAUUAAGUGGAUUCAAAUCUCCACAAGUUGAUAGAAUGAGUAAAAACACAACUUUUAUUAGGUCAAAUGAGGAUCAUAGUAUCAAUUAAGAAAUGAGCUAUGAAGAAAAAUGA